AUGAUGGAUCAAGAAGAUUCUAUUCCAAUUGUCCCAGUAGCAGUCUCCACAGCUCAAACAGAAAAUGAAUUCACAUUUGAUAAAUUUGAUACAAAAAUUAAGGAUCGGCAAUUUUAUCUUGGUGAAUAUGAUGAAAAUGAUUAUAACAUCCUAUCUGAUAAAAUAACACAGUACUAUUCCUUGCCUAAGUUAAUCCGAUAUCUAAAGGACAACAAUACAAAAUUUCACAAUAUCACUUUACAAUUCCCAGAUUCUUUAAUCAUGGAUUCGUCAAUCAUAGUAAACGUUUUGCAGAAACAUUUCCCUAGUGCACAAUUUCAUAAAGAAAAUAUAGGGCUAGGUGUGAGUGACCCUGUGGAUUCUAAUGGAUCUCCAAUUAGAAGGUUUUGGAUCUUGGCCGAUACCGCAUACAGUGCAUGCUGUGUAGAUGAAAUCGCUGCAGAACAUGUUAAUUCGGAUUUAGUUGUCCAUUUUGGUGAUGCUUGUUUAAAUGCUAUUCAAAAACUACCUGUUGUUUAUAUUUUUGGUCAACCUCGUUUAGAUUGUGACAAACUUAUUAAACAGUUCCUCGAUAGAUAUCCAAAUAAGGAUGCUAAAAUAUGCCUGAUGUCAAAUGCACCAUAUACUAUUCAUCUGGCGAAGAUAUACAAUACUUUGGUUAAUUUAGGUUAUUUGAAUAUUGUAUAUACUCAAAUCAAUAAAGAUAUGGCAGGUUCAAAUGCCGUCAUAAUGGACUCAUCAAAUAUUAAUAGCGACAAUGUAAAUGAUUUUGAAGUUAAAGAAGUUUAUACUUUAGGUAAUAGAAAACUUUAUGGUAAAUGUAACAUUAUCGAGGAUCCAGCGGAAUUACAGUCAUCUUUUGAAUUAUUUUAUAUCACCAUCCCACAAGAUCCACAUUUACUAUACUUGACAACCACUUUCAAUACUGUCACUUUAUAUGAUGUGGAAAAUAACUCGAUUAUAGAUAGUGCAUUUCCCUCAUUAAUGAAACGUUAUAGGUUUAUGAAUGUGGCCCGAACCGCAGGUUGCAUUGGUAUCUUAAUUAAUACUUUGUCUUUAAGAAAUACAAAGGAGACUAUAAAUAAGCUGAUUAAAUUAGUUAGAUCAAAUGCGAAAAAACAUUAUUUAUUCGUGGUUGGGAAACCAAAUAUAGCCAAAUUGGCUAAUUUUGAACCAGUAGAUAUCUGGUGUAUCCUUGGUUGUGGACAAGGUGGGAUUAUUAUUGACCAAUUUAACGAAUUUUAUAAACCAAUAAUAACACCAUAUGAAUUGACAUUAGCAUUAAACAAAGAGAUUAUAUGGACUGGUAAAUGGGUUACAGAUUUUGAAAAUGCAUUACAAGGACUUACAAUUGAGGAUGAUCAAAAUAAUAGUGACAUAGCCCCUGAUAGUGAUGCUCCAGAAUUUGAUGUUGUUACCGGUAAGUUUGUUUCCACAUCAAGGCCCCUAAGAGAAUUAAAACAUUUAGAAUUAGAAUCUCCCUUGAAUGAUUCUGGUGAUUUGGUGAAAAGUAUAAGAGGAGGUGCAGUUAUUAAAGGUACUGUUUCAACUUCAGCAACAAAUUUACAAAAUAGAUAUUGGAGUGGGUUGGGUAGUGAUUUUAAAAAUGAUGAAGAUUAUGAUGAGGAUGGUGCCAUUGUAGAAGAAGGAAUUAUUGGUGUCGCUCGUGGAUAUCAAUUUGACCGUCGUGAUGCAAUUGAAAAAAACCAACAAUAG